CUCUCAUCUGCUCUUGCUUCUAUGUAGUUAUAUUUUCACUCACCCUCGUUCUUCAAGUGUGUCUCAAUUUUUUGUCAGAAAUGUCGUGGGUUCAUAAAGAUACGAGAACAUGGGUGGAACGUUGCAUCACAGAAAUUCUCAAAGUGGGCGAAAUCCCGAAACAUAUUGCACUUAUAAUGGACGGGAACCGCCGAUUCGCCAAGGACCGUGGACUUCCUACCAAAGAGGGUCACCACAGAGGUUACAUUAAAAUGGACGAAGUCUUCUGCUGGUGUUCUGCCCUUGGGGUGAAAGAGGUCACAAUUUAUGCUUUCUCCAUUGAAAACUUUAAACGCUCUCCGCAAGAGGUGGCAAAUAUUAUGAAGUUUAUCUUGUCAAGAGUAACACUCAUGUUGCAUAAACUUGACAAAGCUACCAGUGACGGCACCUGCAUACAUUUCCCCGGCGACUGGUCAAUGGUUCCAGAAUAUAUGAAGCCAACCAUGGCAAAACUAAUGCAGGAUACUCGACACGGAAAACGAUUUCGUAUUAAUGUUGCGUUAGCUUACACAGGUCGCAACGACAUUGCUCGCGGUGUUGACACGUUACGAUCAGCCUUUUCCUCAAAACAGCUCCAUCCUUACGACAUGUCCGAGUACCUGCUGCAAGAAGCGUGGCAACUGAUUCCAGGACUUCCGGUUGACAUUUUGCUCCGCACUUCGGGAGAAACGCGACUUUCUGACUUUUUGAUGUGGGAGGCGACCCAUGCUUUCCUUGAUUUCGUCGAUGUGCAAUGGCCCCAACUUUGUUUCAUGGAUUUAGUCCGUGCCAUCCUGAACUAUCAAGUUCACCGAAAACGGGUUCCCGUGCCCCCGAUUCGACGCAAUGAAUCUGACGAGUCGAAAGAGCGUGUGGACAAAUUUCUCAAACAAACGAGACAAAAACUUUGGGCAGAAAUUAUGAUGGAGGCGAAACGUGCUCCUGAGAACAAAGUAGUCAAGUAAAUAGCACUGUAUUGUCGUCGCUUAGCAUAAUAAAUGUAGAAUUAUUACAAUAAAGAACUAUCUAUUGAAAAUA